AUGGAGAUUGAUCCACAUGUUUUUGAAAGUGAAUUUUUAUUAAAAAGUGAUAAUGUACCAUCACAAUACCGAAAAGAUAAAUUAAUACAAACUAUUAAAUAUACAAAUUCACAAUAUUUUAAAGAAGAAGGAAGAUUUAUAAUUGCAGUAAUUAGAAAAGAAAGAAUUAAUAAUAAUAAAAUACAAUAUAAAUUAUAUAUGUAUCUUUAUGAACAAUAUUCACCAUCAUAUAAAAUACAAGAAGUAAUAAUAGAUAAUCAAAUUAAUAACUAUAAAAAAGUUUUUAUUCAAUUUACAGAACAUGGAGAAGAAGUUGUAAUAUUAAGUGGAGAUUAUUAUUAUUUCUUUAUUCCAAUUGAAUGGAAUUGGAAAACAAAAUUAUAUGAAAAAAAAUCAGCUACAUAUUUUUUAGAAAAAACUAAUCAACAAAAAUCAAGAAUUGGGUUAUCAAAAUCUAAAAGUGAAUUAAUUUUAAAUAUUUUACCUUCAAUUAAUAAACCAAUUAAAGUUGGUAAUUCAAUUUUAUUUAAACACCAAACAUUACCAAAAACAAUUGUAUCAUUUGUUAUUUGGACAACAAGAAAUGCAGGAAUUGGGAUUAUUGUAUCAAUAGAAGGGAUUAUUAUUUUCUUUGAUUUAAUAACAUCAUCAAUAUUAAAAAUUUUAAAUUUUAAAGGAAAAAUAGCAAUAAAAGAAGCAUUACUUUGUACUGAAGAUUCAAAUGUAAAUAAAAUAUCAACAUUUCUUGUAUUAGUAUUUGAAAUGGAUAAAGAAAUGACUUCAGUUUGUUGUCAACAAUUAGAAAUAAAAUCAUUACGUUCAUCAGAAUGUAUUAAUAUUUUUACAAAAGAUAUUGAUCCUUCUUUAUUAUCUUUAUUUAUUAUUAAAGAUAAAGGAACAGUUCAAUUACAUUAUUUCAAUAAUAAAACUUGUUUAGGAUUUUUUCAUAAAAUGUCACUUAGUUUAUAUUCUUUUUAUAAUCAACGUUUAUUCUUUUUUGAUGUAUGUCAAAGUUUUCCAAGAAGUUCAAUUUGUUUCCUUAAUAAUAAAUAUUUAUUUCAAUUUAGUAGAUUAACUGAUGAAGUUCAUUGUUGUGGAGUAAUUCCAUUAAUGAAUCUUUAUGAUAAAACACCACCAACACAAUUAAUCAAUUUUGGAAUUGAUUCAAAUUAUUUUAAUAUUCAUGGAGUUUUUCCUUUCUUUACUAAUUUUAGAGUAAAAGAUAGUGUUGGUAUUAAUAAAUCUACAGAAUAUAAUUAUGAUGGUUGUAUUCUUUGGAAUAAAUAUUGUAUUGCUAUAAUUCAUCAAAUUCAUCCUAAAGAAGCAAUCUUUUGUCAUAAAUUUCUUAAUGCUCAAACUAUUGAACAAGAAACUUCAGUUAUUCAAUUAUUUACAAUUACUCAAUCUGUAGAUAUAUUAAUUCAAAAUGUUAGUAAAUAUUAUAUAGAAAAAGGAAUGAUUCAAAAAGCACAACAAUUAUGUAAAUUAAAUCAUGCAAUUUCUCUUCCAUUAGUUAAAUUAAAUUUAUCAAAUUUAGAUUUUAAAUUAAAUGAAUUUGAUGAAUUAAUUAAUGAUUGUUAUUAUUUUAUUAAAAAUAAAAAUACUACAAUAAAUAAUAUAAAAUAUAUUCAUGUUUUAUUAUUAAUUGAAUUAGCUAAAGUUAUUAAAUUUUAUAUUGCUGAUGAUAAACACUUUUUAUCUACUAUUUCAAAUUGUAAUUCUAAUGAAGCUAGUUUUAUUUUAAUGUAUCUUGUUAAAACUCAAUCUUCUCAAUUUCAAAAUUAUAUUUUAGCAAUAUUAAUUAAAUAUCCUCAAUUUAUUCGUCAAUAUAUUGAUUGGGUAAUUAAAAUUGGAUUUAAUUUUAUUUCAUUUGAAAAACUUUUUAUUUCAUGUCCUAUUGAAUAUAUUACUUGUGCAUUAUCUUCUAGAAUUAUAUUAAAUGAAUUACCUAUAGAACUUAUUCUAAAAUUAUUCUUUUAUUGUUUUAAUCAUUCUCCUUCUAUUUAUGCUUUACAAGUUAUUAGUGAAAAACUUUUUAAGUUUACUAAUUCUGAAUUAGAUCAACUUAUAAAUUUUCUUACUGAUAAAAAUCCUUUAUUUCAUUCUUCCUUCCCUAUUUUUUAUGAUCUUGCAUUCUGUAAAUUACGAAGAACACUUUAUGCAAAAGCAUUAUUGAUUAAAUAUUCAAAUUCUUUAAAAACAGAACAUAAAUUAGAUAAUAUUGAUGAUUGUUCUAAUUUUAUUCAAAAAGUCCAACGUUGGGAUGAAGUUUAUUUUGAUGAAUUAAUUGAAUUAACUAUAAGAAUGAAACUUUAUAUUACCACAUCUUUUCUUUUUGCAUAUAGUGGUAAAUUUGAACAAAGUAUUGAUUGUAUUAUUAUUGUCCUUAAAGAAUCUUCAAAUCAAUCAAUUAUUGUUAAAAAUCUUCUCUUAAUGUUAAAAGAUGCUAUUUUAAACUUUAACUUAGAGACUCAAUCUAUUAAACAAUCUCUUGAAUCAAAAUUUAAUCAAUCUAACAUCAAUACUGAUAUUAUUCAAUGUCUCUUUAAUGAUUAA